UGUUAAGGAUGAGGAUUAUCUUGAGUUUCCAAGGAAAACAAUCUCUCAGCUGAAGAAUUCUACAGAGGUAUAUUUUUCUUACGAACUCUACAUUAACAUGUAUGCUAAUGUUAUCCAUAUUUUUUCCUAGAUUGGAAAGGUUAGGCUUCUGUGUACGCUCUAUGCCAUUGAUACGGACUGGGCUUGGUAUUACAUUAGUUGUCGCAAGUGCAAUAGGAAGGUUAAUCAUAUCCAUGCUGGAGUGAAUGGUGUGAAUAACAAAGGCAAAAAACCAAGAUUUUGGUGUGAUAUUUGCAAAACUGUUGUCACAAAUGUUGUUUCAAGGUUCAUGCUUUACACUCAAGUCAUGGACAACACUGGAGAGGCAAAGUUGCUGAUGUUUGAUUCCAUAUGUUCAGAACUCAUUGGUGAAACUGCUACAUCUGUGCUCGAUGGCAGUGUUGAUGAGAUCGUGGACCCAGAAAAUUUACCAGAUCCAGUUAAAAAUCUUAUUGGAAAGACUUUUCUAUUUCUGGUAUGUGUUGAGCAAGAACACAUUUGGGCUGGUAAGGAAAUCUUUAAGGUUUUCAAGGUCCUAUCGAACGGUGGUCUUCUCGAAGAACAACUUCUUGAAUUUUCUGGUGAUAUGGUGAAUGCAGCAUCAAUGGUCUCCGGUGAUGAGGCACCACUCAUGUUGGAGAAUAGCCAGGAAACUAUGGACUCGAUUACACCGUCGUCCAAGCGUGUUUAUGCUCUUGAUGCUGGGACUCCAGAUCAAUCAUCAAGCUCAAAGAAGUUGUGUAUCGAUCCCUUAGACUUGGGAAAGUCUAAUCCAGAGUUUGGAGAUGGAGGCAGCGUUUCUCGAGUUGAAGAGGUAACUAUCAAUGAUGGGAAUGAGAAAAAGAAAGCUGCUACUCAGUUCGAAGAGCCUACCAUCAAGGAUGGGGAUGAGAAACCUAAGGCUGAUGCUCAAUCCAAAGAGCCUACCAUCAAGGAUGGGGAUGAGAAACAAGAAGGUCAAGAUCGUGGAGGUUCAGUUACGAAUUCUUUGAGUGAGUUCUCAAAGAAUCUGAUGGGCGUUAAGGUGAAGAUAGAAAAGAAGUAAUCUGAUGCUGUGUUGUUUGAACCUUUUAAAGUUAUGUUUUUUAUUUUCAGUUUUCUGCAGUUGUUUGAAAUAAGUGCUGCUUUCAAGCACAU